GCCUUGGCCAUGCUUCCCCUUCCUGUCCCCCUCCUCCUGACACUGACACAGCUUGCAGUACUUACUUCUGUGAGUGCUGCGGCAUACUACGGACACAAGCAACAUCCUCAGCCAUACCAGCCUAUGCAGCACCUCCAACACAUGGGCAAAGAAGGCUUUCCCCAACAACAGUACCUUGGCAAAGAGGUGCCAUAUAUGCAGUAUCCCCAAUACAGGAAGGAGCCACCCCAGAUGCCUAUGCACAAGGGAAAAGAAAACCCUCUUAAAGGGGGUGGCUAUAAUGGUGGCCAAGACAAAGGUCAGACAAUCCCUAGUGGUGCUGAAGGAAUUCCCCAAGGAGAGCAAGGCCCAGCUGGGCCACCAGGACCAGAGGGACCUGCAGGACCUCCUGGACCUUCAGGGAAUGGACAGCCUGGACCUGAGGGACGACCUGGAUCUCCUGGCCCACCAGGAGGGCCCGGAGUGGGAAAACCAGGUAUGCCAGGUUUGCCAGGCAAGCCAGGAGGAAAUGGUGAGGUUGGACCACAAGGAGAAAUGGGCCCUAGGGGGGAGGAAGGGCCAGCUGGGCAGCCAGGGCCGCAGGGUCCCCCAGGACCACCUGGGCUCCCAGGAAUAGGUAAACCAGGGGUACAGGGAUUACCAGGCCAACCAGGGUCCAAAGCAGAGCCAGGUCACAAAGGUCUGCCAGGACUACCGGGAUUACCAGGACCUAAAGGAGAUAAAGGAAUGGGCCUGCCAGGACAACCUGGUCACAAAGGGCUCCCAGGGACCCCAGGACCUGCUGGCCCAAGAGGGCUGCCUGGUUUUGGAAAACCUGGGUUGAAUGGGGCACCAGGGCCACAAGGACCACCAGGAGCUAAAGGACAUCCCGGAGAGCUAGGACCAGCUGGGCCAACUGGUGAUGGAGGACAGCCUGGUCCACCAGGUCUACCUGGUCAAGGAAAGCCAGGUCAAAAUGGCCUGCCAGGACAGCCAGGCAUGCCAGGUGGGAAAGGUCAUCCAGGACCACCAGGUUUGCCAGGAAAGCCAGGGCUUCCUGGAUUUGGUAAACCAGGACUCCCAGGACCAAAGGGUGAUAAAGGUAUGGGUGGGUCACCUGGACUUCAUGGACCAAAAGGAGAUAAGGGCCAUGGAGGACUGCCUGGCAUGCUUGGACCCCCUGGACCAAAUGGUCUACCAGGUCCUUCAGGCCCUAUGGGAACCCCAGGAGGUUUAGGUGCACCUGGUCCUAAAGGAGACUGUGGAGAAGUAGGACCUAAAGGGCUUGAUGGAGCCCAGGGUGUCCCUGGUGCCUCUGGGACACCUGGUAAGGAUGGUCUGCCUGGAGAUCCUGGAGAGCCAGGACCAAGAGGUCCACCAGGACCGAGUGGUGGAAAAGGAGACGGUGGACAUAAAGGUCUACCUGGUAUCCCUGGUUCUCCAGGACUUCCCGGGCCAAAAGGACAAGGUGGAUUACCUGGUGAGGUUGGUCCUCAAGGCCCUAAAGGAAUCCCUGGAAUGGAUGGCACAGCUGGACCAAUUGGGCCUCUUGGCCUUCCUGGGCCAAAAGGAGAUAGUGGUCUACCAGGUCAACCAGGCAUUGCAGGUGAGGGGAAUCCAGGGCUUACGGGACCCAUAGGACCCCAAGGGAAAGAGGGCUCACCAGGAACCCCUGGACAACCAGGUCAGCCCGGCCUACCUGGACCACCAGGCCCACCUGGGGAGUCUGGUCUGUCUCCUGACAUGGCAGGAGUGCUCUCGAAUAUGGGCCCUGGACUAGAUGGUGUUAAGGCUGGUGGCUAUGGUAAGAAGGGCUAUCAUGGAGGCAAUGGGGCUGAAGUAAUGGGUGCCAGUGGAUUGGAAAUGCCAGCAUUCACAGCAGUAAUAACAACUCCAUUUCCACCGGUGGGUGCUCCAGUCGUCUUUGACAAGAUCUUGUACAAUGGUCGCCAAAACUACAACCCCGAGACAGGAAUCUUCACCUGUGACAUGCCUGGCAUUUAUUAUUUUGCCUACCACGUUCAUUGCAAAGGAGCUAAUGUGUGGGUGGCUCUGAUGAGGAACAAUGAGCCAGUGAUGUAUACAUAUGAUGAAUACAAAAAGGGAUUCCUCGAUCAAGCAUCAGGGAGUGCAGUACUACCUCUACAACCUGGGGACACUGUGUAUAUUCAGCUGCCCUCAGAUCAGGCCUCGGGACUUUAUGCUGGGCAGUAUGUGCACUCCUCCUUUUCUGGGUAUUUGUUAUAUCCGAUGUAA